AAAAGGUGAGAGACGGAAAGGUCAAAAGCUUGCCGAAUUCUUAUACUAUUGUCGCCUCAAUCGUGAAUUCGGAGAAGAAAAUUGGAGAAUCGAAACCCUAGAGAGAGAAAGAGGAAACGAAGAUGGUUUUCUACUUCAAGGCGCGACCGGAGGCGGGAGACUACACCAUUUUCAUGGGCCUCGACAAGUAUGAGAACGAGGAGCUCAUCAAAUACGGCUUUCCCGAAGACGUUUGGUUCCAUGUAGAUAAGAUGUCUUCAGCCCAUGUUUAUCUGAGACUGAACAAGGGUCAAACAAUUGAUGAUAUACCUGAAGGUGUAUUGGAAGAUUGUGCUCAAUUAGUGAAAGCAAAUUCUAUCCAAGGUAAUAAAGUAAAUAAUGUUGAUGUUGUUUACACCCCUUGGCAAAACCUUAAGAAGACUGCUUCCAUGGAUGUUGGGCAAGUUGGUUUCCACAAUUCAAAAAUGGUUCGUACUGUGAGAGUGGAAAAACGAAUAAAUGAGAUAGUUAAUCGAUUAAACAGGACAAAGGUGGAAAGAAAGCCAGAUUUAAAAGCUGAACGGGAGGCAGUUAAUGCAGCUGAAAGAGCUGAGAGGAAACAGCAGCUCCGUGAUAAAAAACGACGGGAAGAAUUAGAAAGGCUUGAGAAAGAGAGACAGGCUGAAUUAAGGAGCUACAAAAAUUUGAUGGUAGCUGAAAAGAUGACAUCCAACAAGGAUAUAGCAUCUGCAAACAAGUCCCUGCAAGAACUUGAGGAAGAUUUCAUGUGAAUCCAAAAUCCUUAAAACAUAAACAAUUUGUCAAAGUUUGGCAAUUAAUCCAUAAUAUGAGAGUUGUAACCCUAAGGAGGACAGGAUAGAAGAUCAAGAAAGAGAAGUCACUGACUGCGGCAUUCUUGAACGGUGAUACCGUACUAUGUUGUGUCCGACUGUCCAUAAACAUAAAUAGUCACCUGAGCUUAGUAUAUUCAGUGGUCUUGAAGCUCUCAAAGUGUGUUAAUAGAAUCUGGGGAGCAAGGGUCCAGCGUUUGAGAGCAGGCAGAAGACAAUUGAAUGUAUUAAACAUGGAUGACGACGACGGUGGUGAUAACAUUGUUUUCGUAUGUGAGUAAAAUGAUCUAAUUUAUUCUCCACCUGA